AUGAACUCCUUGGGCUCCCUCGCGCAGCUACAUGCCGAGGCCGAAAACGUCUUUGGUCAGCGCCUGCUGCUCCCCGUUGAUGAACAGUUCGUGCAUUCGUUGCACUGUCCUUCAUCGACGGCGGCCCAGUGCGCAGGCAACUCUGUUUUUUCUGGCCUUUACAACGGCCUGCUUCAACGCACUCGCUGUCGUGACUCUGGCGCGUCCCCUGGCAUCCCGCGGCUCCUGUUUUCUUACGUCGCGGAGGCGGUUGCCGCUAGCCGCAACGGAGAGUUUAUGGGGCCGCUUUGCUCGCCGCUGCGCAAGUCCCACGCGGCGAUGCUGCGCUCAAAUGAGUACUUCUUGACAGAGAAGAGCGAUGGCACGCGUGCAAUUUUGGUGUCGUUAUGUGUGCAAGCGUUUCCGUGCUGGGUGCUCCGGGGCGCUGAUGGCUGCUCCCGCAGCUCCUUGCGCCUGGACGACGUGGCUGCGUUGGAAGACAUGCGGCAACAGUUCUGCCGGGGCGCCACGCCACUGAGCGGUGGUCGGCCACUACAGCUCUCACCCGGUGCGUUUUCCGUGGAGGGUGAAAGAACAAUCUCACCGGAUGGUGAAGUGGAAACAUUUACCUUAAAACCGUGCCCGGCACCGCCUUCGGCAGCGGCCUGCGGGACGAAUAGCGUCACGGCGGAACGCAAGUGGGGUGCACGACAUAUGGCGUACUGCUUCGAUCGUUCGAUGGAGCAGGCGUACCUUCUACUGGAGGAGUACGCGGUCCCGUCGCUUUCCGCGUUUGCCGUGGAUGGAGAAAUGAUGAUUGCCGUGACCGACGUGGGAGAGAACGGGACGAGGCCCAUUUUUGGCUGUUUUGACGUCUUCCGAUACACUCAAGCGAAGGAUGCCGUGGACAGGGACGCCCUUCUGACGCGCUGGCCCAUGUCUAAACGAUACGAGGCGUUGCGGGAGCUGAUUAUUGCGCCCAUGCAUGCCUCAGAAAAUGCACGUAGCCCAGCGCCUUUCUUACAUUUCUUCGCGAAGGAAAUGUUUCCAAUAAAUAAAUUUGGUGAAUGCCUCUCCCGGCUUCGGCGCGCUGCCACGGGUGAAGGCACGGGCGGUGUGGAAUACUACUACGACGGGCCCCAUGGAAUAACUAGGAGCGAUGGGUUCAUCUUUACCCCGGAAAAGUUUGACCUUGUCCAAGGUGCGAGCAAGGAGCAGCUCAAGUGGAAGUGGCCGUCCUUGCUCUCCGUGGAUUGGAGCAUUACCGCUAUUGCGGGUCGCACAGAUGAAUACGUGGUGGAUCUAUUUUUUCGCAAGAGACGCUUUGGACAUCGUCCUGACAGUGUCGGUCGCUCCCGUCUUUCAUCUGCGAUGUUUCUGCUGAACCCUUUUUCGCUCAGGAUACCGACAGAAAGGUCGGUCGUCGCGGAGUGUGUGUUUGACCGCCAGGAGAAGUGCUGGUCCAUUGAGCGUCUGCGCACCGAUAAGGCCGAGCCAAACUCCGUCGUUACGGUCAUUUCGGUGCUGGAGAGUCUUGUGGAGGACGUCACGCUUGAGGUGUUGAUUGACAUGCUCGGCGUAGCGGACCCUCUCUUGGCCAGCGAGGUGCAGUCACUGCAGGGAGACGCGGACGCGGACGCUGGGGCGGAGGAGACAGCCGCCUGGACCUCGGAAGCCUCCGUUGAGCACAGAACGUGUCAGUUAACGCUGCGAGCCACACAAUUGCAGACGCCAGGCGAACAUGAGCUCCAUCUUUACUGGGCAGUUCGGAUUUCCUCCGAAAAGCAGCAUAUUCCCUGCAUUCAUUGUAAGGUGAGCGAGUGUGCAGGGUUGGGGUUUGCCUGUCCGGUGGAGGACAAGACCUCAAGGCUGACCGAAAACUUGUACAUUGCGUUGGCGAACGCAGGCGGAAGUUGUGCCUGGUCGGAUUUUACAGUUGACGCCGUAUUUGACGGAGAUGCGGGACGGUGGAAUAUCGUCUCUCUGCAUCCGACUGGAGAAAAUCGAAAGUCAACCUCUGUAGGUGUCAUUGAGCAUCUGCAGUGCCUUCUUGUGCAUGGACGCGAAACGGCCCGGGCGGUCAUGGCAUUUGCGGACGAGCAACAAACAUACGGCGCAACGAAUGCGCCGACGAUGGGGCUGCUGGAGAAGACAAACAAUCAUUACGCCUGCAAGACAAGGGAGUUGUCCACUGGAAAGGAUCGGAGUGCGUUGAGAUUGUUUAAUAAUUGGGUAAAGAACAUACUAAUUAGCAACGCCGUCGCCUACCUGCAGAUGCAGCGUGGUCGCGACGCCAAGGGGGAUGGUCUGGCUGUGGCAGACUUAUGUUCGGGUCGUGGGGGUGACCUUUUCAAGUGGAGGGCGCACAAGCCGCGGUACCUCUUUAUGGUGGACUCCUGUCUGGAGGCCGUUGCGGAGUCCGCGGCACGGUACUCCGUUUCGAAGGGCCUGAGUGUGAAGGUUGCACCGCAGGAGAAAAGCAACCCCGGCGCCUUUGCGUACUUCACCGUCUGUGACGUGUUUGACGAAACGGGGUCCUUAGCGGCCAAAUUUGAGAACUUCUUCAAUGCAUAUUUGAAGGAGCGGCGGUUUGACAUCGUUUCCUGCCAGUUUUCGCUUCACUACGGCUGCAGCACGGAGGAGCGAAUGAAUUGUUUUCUCCGCGCCGUUUCCGCCGCGCUGCGUCCGGGCGGCGUGUUCAUUGGAACGACGGUGAGCGACGUCGAGUUGCGUCGUCGCCUGGCCGAGCACGGGCCCGUCUUUGGCAACAGCGUCUACACCGUGCGGUUUCCCGCUGAGGCGUCUCCGGGGCAAUCCUUCGGCGUACAGUACUCCGUUUCCGUGGAGUCGAGCGUGAGUGAGCUUCCGGAGUACCUGGUGCCGUGGGAGCGCCUGGUCGCGCUGUGCGGGCCGCUUGGUCUUCAACUGGUGGAGUCGCUGGGGUUCAUGGCGUACAGGGAGCUGCACUACAACACACCCAAGGGGCAGGAGCUGCGGGACGUUGCAGUGGGAGGCGGGAAGCGAGAUUCCGACGGCCAUGCCUCGCUGCCGCUUUCUUCAGAAGAAAUGGAGGCCGCCUCGCUGUUUCGAACGUUCUUCUUCGUUAAAAGCUGA